CCGCUCCAGCCGGUGGCCCCGGCGGUGCCGCUGCCGCCCGGGGUCCGGAUGCACACGGACCCGCGUGUCCGUGUCCUCAGCUCCGUCACCAAGGAAACCUUCCCCUGGCCCCAGGGCCCCCUGCAGAGACCUUCCCGGCCCGCUCCCGUGAAGCAGGAGGAUAACAUUCCUUGUGGGGACAGAGAGAAAACCAGGAUCCUUCCAUCCGUCUACAGCUCCUCGUACCCAGCCCACCAGGCACAGCCCCUGGUCAGGCCGUGGCACCUGCACAGGAGAUGUGUCCCCACUAUUCCAAGGGAUGGACCGUCCUCUUACAGCACUUCUUACCAAGCACAGUUUAAGGGUGAAUGGAGUCCCCCUGCCAAGCCAGGGGAGAAGCACGUGUCUUCUGUUAAAUUUGGGGAUCCCAGGAGCAGUGGAUCUGUGAGCGAGCAGAAAUGUGCCUAUGGUGCCCCAGAGGAGAGGACAGACAGAGCUUACGACAAGGAAAUUGCUGCCUCCCAGAUCCACCACACCAACGUGCAGCUGGGGGAUGGUUGCACCAGGUUCUCCACCUCGACUUCAGAGCACUUCCCAGUGCACAAACUAGAGCCUGUCACUGCUGCCUACCCAAACAGAUACUCCUCCUCCAUCCCCAGGGGUGAUGAAGACCCUGAGAGGAAUCGAGCCUUGGCAAGGACCAUGACACAGGUCUCCUACCCAGAGCCUGACAGGCAGAUCCUCCCACCAAGGCCUGAUUUCCUACCAAAGAAGAACCAGAGCAGCUUCAGCCUGGGCGAGGGGCGUGCGGGCGCCGCGUCCUUGGGCACCACGCAGCAGGCAGCCUUCCAGCCCCCCCCCCGCCCCAGGGUGACAGCAGACACCAGGAGCCACCAGCAAAGCCACAUCCCCUUCAACUACCACAAUGAAAGUCCUGUCACAACCACACAGGCCAUGCUGGUCCCACACAGACAGCGGAAACAAAGACUCUCUGAGGACAAACUACAGCAGAUCAAGUGCUCACACCUGGAGCUGCCCUGGAGGGCACAGGACCUCUUCAGGACCGAGCAGAAAGAUCAGUUCACCCCCAAGUCCAGAGGCCCAGCAGAAAUCCAGAAGGGAGACUGCCAAGUGAGCAGUGUCCCACUGGGGACCCUGAAGGAAUUCUGUCCCCGCAGGAAGGUGCACUUUGCACCUUGA